AUGGCAAACCAAAUUUUGGUAUUGACAGUUCUGGCCAUGGCAUGUACUCAGGUCAUUGCCUUUGAGCCUAGUCCAUUGCAAGAUUUCUGCGUAGCUGACACUACUAGCUCAGUACCAAGAGUAAAUGGCUUACCUUGCUUGGACUCUAAGCUAGCACAAGCUGAACAUUUCUUCUUCGGAGGGCUUCACAUUGCCGGAAACACCUCAAACCCUCUCGGAGUUAAAAUCACCCCAGUCAAUGUGGUUCAAAUUCCAGGACUCAACACCCUCGGUAUCUCACUUGCUCGCAUUGACUAUGCGCCGUGGGGCGUUACCCCUCCUCACACUCAUCCUCGUGCCACCGAAAUUCUAACAGUCUUGGAAGGCAGUGUUGCUGUAGGGUUUGUGACCUCUAACCCUGACAACAAGCUCAUCUCAAAGGUGCUUAACAAGGGUGAUGUGUUUGUGUUCCCAAUUGGACUGGUUCACUACCAGCAAAAUGUUGGUAAUGGAACUGCCGUUUCACUCUCUUCUCUGAGCAGCCAAAACCCUGGAGUCAUUACCAUUGCUAAUUCAGUUUUCGGAGCAAAUCCCUCAAUUUCGGAUGAUGUUCUGGCCAAGGCUUUUCAGGUGGACAAAUCCAUAAUCAGUGAUCUUCAAGCAAAAUUUUAG